CGGAAAUCAUCCGCCAGAGACACAGUGCAGAAGAGGAAAGCGCAGAUUUUGAGCGGGUGCUUCAGGAGGGGUCUGAGCGGCAUUUUUCAUUCAACAACACUUCCACAAAGACGAAACUUGUCUUUUGUUAUCAGGCCAGUCGAAAUUAUCAAGCUAGGACGGAGUAAACUAAGGGUUGAUCUGUGGUCAGACUGCUGAGAUGACAAAGCUGUGACAGUGGACAAGGCCCAGUUUGUGUGACAUGGCUACUGCUAAGAAGAGUUGUGCAAAGAUGGGGGGCGUGCACUUCACAGAAGAACUACCUUCUUCUGGAGCCCCAUCUCACGUUCAUUUUGACGAGAAGCUACAUGAUUCUGUUGUCAUGGUGACUCUGGAGGACGACGGCAACUUCAUGGUCAAGGUUGGCUUCCUAAAGACGCAGCAUCGUUAUGAAAUAGUGUUCACCCUGCCGGAGGUCCCCGCUCUAGGAAAAAAUGUGUGUCCAGCUCCAAUACCAAAUCCCCACCUCCAGAUCUCUGACAUUAAACCUGCAGCAGACGAUCGCCACCACGGCACACCCAUGCUGCUGGAGGGGGUCCGAUGUAUCGGCAUGGAGCUGGAGUACGACUCGGAGCAGAGCGACUGGCAAGGGUUCGACUAGACCACCCUCGCCAGCUGCAAACACAUCUGCAGCCUCCCCCGUCUGCCGUGUCACCGGCGGUCGGUCAUCUUGGAGGAAGAAGAACCGGAAGCCACGACGUUCAGCGCUGGAGCCUCAUCCUGAGAAUAAUAAUAAAGGAAACAUUCCUCGACUGGAAAAUCAAAGUUUCAAUUAAAGCCAUAGUUCAGAUCUUUAGACGCAAGGUUCUGUCGAAACGUUAUAUGCAGUUAUUAUCUUACCUGUUGUAGAUAGCUCUUUGAACAACCUUGCUUUGGAAAAAUGGUUUAAUACGGACCAGACUGACGAGUUCGGGGUUGGACCGAGAGCAGCCAAGAUCAGCUGCAGCGUUUGAAACACUUUUAUAAAUGUUUACGUCACUGUCAGUUUAAAGCUUAUUGUUGUCCAUAUAGUUGAUUUAAGCCAUAACAGACUCAGGAUAGGCACACAUUAAUGGUUUUACCCAUGGCUGUCGGUGCGUGGGUUCAUGGGUUUGUCUGUCAGCAAAAUAUCUCAACUUUCAGAACGUAAUCUAAGAUGUACAACUACAACUGAUGAACUUUUGGAAUUCGAGUCAAGAUGGCCACCACAGCCAACUCACAGACGUUUACUGUGUGAGUGUUACUGUGCAAGAGCUUUGCUCAAGACUUUAACAUUAACUGUUUAGUCAGCCCAGUUAGUCUGUUAGCAAAAUAUCUUAACUACUGGAUACAUUUGAUUGGAGCUCUCAGAAAGUAAUUACUGGAUAAACAUCUACUGUUGAACUUUUCAAAAUUAGCGCCACGGUAAUUCAACGUGAACUCCGCGACUCGCUCCGUUCUGCGGGCCUUGAGCUAGCGUGUGAUGUGGUAGUAGCUGAGAGUCAUGCACAGCGUACCCUUUGAGCGUGACGUCUCGUCUUAGUGCAUGACGUCAUACAUGACAUUAUUCCUACAACGCUCUUUCCUCGUGACACUUUAAGGUGUUUACACUACACACAUGGAGCGGCAGCAGCUAGCUGUAGCACUUCUUUUGACGCCCGGGGGCUACGUUUUUAAUCUGUACUGAAAACAUGUAAUUCACAUCUGACAGUGUUGUAAAUGUUUACCGUUUGUGCGGACCGCAAAGCGACUGUUCUUGACUAGCCGUUAGCUCAUCAGCUCUGAUUAAACUGAGGCCGUUGAAAGAGACAUCUACAGCAGGUAAGAUAUUAACUGUGAAUCCGUUCGAGGUUCAAAGCUGUGCACGAGGGUUGUUCUGUGACCGUACACACAGUUUAAAUGGGAUCUGCACGGUUUGGAGAAAUCAAGCUGAAUGGCGUCGUGACACCGAGUCUGAUGAUGUUUGUCCCACAGCUCCCAUCAGACGCCUUCAUUUAUCCAACUGAUGCACAUUUAGACCCUGACGCUUCUGCCUGCUCAAUCUUUGACGUUAAAGGUUCUAAUCCGUAUUCUCUUUGACUUCAACCUAUAGUUUCCACACAGAUGCUACUUAGAGAUUAUUUUUAUAGGUAGGAUGAAGAAUGCAGCUUCACUGAGGAAAUGACUCGCUUUAUUUGACAUAUUUCAGUAUUUUAGUUUUUUUCUGGCUUUACAACUUUUAUUUUGACACCCAACUGAAUUCUUUUGAGGGAUUUUAAAUGUUCUGCUGCCAUAAACAUCUUUUUAUCAGCUGCAUUUUCCUUCUGAUCUUCCUGUUCUUGUUUAAUAAGUAAGAAUGGUACAAUCAAACCAAUAAGUGAAGCCUAAAAGCACGGCUGCUGCUUUGAGAAUAUUGUUUUAACGGCGUCCAACAGAAAGAAAACCUCGUCAAAUGCUGUAUUUUUCGGACUAUAAGGCGCAUUAAGCGAAGCAAGUUAAUUUUCAUAAAAUUGGCUCCAGGUCAGUGAGCACAGCAGAGUUGAUACGCACCGGAUUAUAAGGCUCACUGUCGAUUUCUGAGAUAAUUCAAGGAUUUUAAUUGUCUUAUAGUCUGAAAUAUACAGUAAGUCGUUCCCAUGUCUGAUUCUGAUCAUUUCAUGUUGUAACAUUACGUGUUGAGUCUGUUUUAAACUUCAUUUAUUUGGGUGUUAAUCUGAGACUUGUUUACUUUUUGUUUGUUUUUAAUAAGCAUCUUGAUUAUUUCACCUGGACACAAGUCCUUUUGUUCCUGCCGCCCUCUUAAAACGAUUGAGACAAAACUUGAGGAAUAAAAGCAUUUUGUUUUUAAACGUACAAAGCCUUUAGGAACACGCACGUGUGACAGAAGUGCCUUUCGUUCCAGCGUCCAGCUCCUCUCAUUUCCUGUUUUAUGUUCAUUUUUCCACAAACGUAUAGAAACUGGUUUGUUUUGGGAUAAAUGUUAAGAUUUGAAUUUCCAGUAAGUAAAACACGUUUUUACUAAAAGCAACAAUCUGAAAGUUGUCUUUACAGAUCAAGUGCCAUGAUCUCAUUUUCAUGUCCCCUCCUGUUGUUGUUUUUGUUUGUUGACUGAAUGUAGGCGCCUUGAACCAAACGAGUUCAGGUUUGUUUUUGUUUACGUUGUUUAGGUCCACGUGUUUUGUAGUGUUUCAUGAAUGUACAGUAGUGCUGUUGAGGUCUGCUCCCUGUGGAUGUGACUUGUAUUGGGUUUUU